AUGCGAUUUGAAGGCAGCUCCAUGUACAUGUGGCUGAGUUUCCGAACGCCUCAAAGAGUUCAUGCAAAAUACACAGAGAGAUACGAUUGUUUUAACUAUGCCUUGGUAUGUGACAGAUUUGGUGUGCCUGACAGAGUAGCAUCAGCAUUGGGAACCGCUCGUUUGCAAGAUUUUAAAAUUAAAGAUAAGCAUGGGAAACCUAUCAUCAUGGAUAAAUCGAAAGUUCGCAGAGAAAAAGAGAAAUGCAGACAAGAAGUGCUUCGCAAACGGUUAGAUGAUACCAAUUUGUUAGCGUUUUCAUUCGAUGGCAGAAAAGAUGAUAUUUUAACGAUAGAUAAAAUUGAUGAGAAUUAUCAUACUAGGAUGGUAAAAGAACCUCAUCUUGUUAUUUUGAGAGAACCCAAUUCUGAAUUGAUUGGUUACGUAAGACUGGAACAUGAAACCGCUGAAUACAAAACAACCAAAUUAAAUGGUUUUUUCAACGAUAAAAAUAUAUCACUGGAUACAUUAAUUGAAAUAUGCACUGAUGGUGAGCCAACAAACACUGGCCCACACGGUGGAAUUAUACGACGAUUCGAAUUGCUGUUAAAAAGACCAUUGCAUUGGUUUGUUUGCCUUCUACACUUCAACGAACUUCCGUUUCGGCAUUUGUUUGAAGCUUUGGAUAAAUCAACCAGCACUGAACCAAGAUCGGCAACCGGAACACUGAGCCGUCAAAUCGAAACUUGUGAAACUCUUCCGGUAAGUUAUUCAAUGGACAAUGGGGAAGCUGACACAUUCGAUCUCUACCAACCGGGCAUCAACAAUUCGUUCUAA